GUGCUUCCAUUCUCACCGUGCAUGCGCGGCUCAGGGAGCGCGCAGCACGGCGAUCGCCGCUGCACUGUGUCCCUCGGACACAGCGGAUUACGGAAAGAGCUGAAGAUGUCGGCUCGGUCAUGUGAUCAGCUGUGUCCAAUCACAGCUGAUCACAUGUAAACAUGAAGUGCCACCUGUCGGUGUCCAUCAGUGCUCAUUAGUGCCAUGUGCCAGUGCCACAUCAAUGCCACAUAUCAGUGCAUACCAGUGCACAUCAAUGCCACAUAUCAGUGCCCAUCUGAGCUGCCUUUCAAUGUCACCCAUUAGUGCCAGUCAGUGCCACCUAUCAGUGCCGCCUAUCAGUGCCAUAUAUGAGUGCUGCCUUUCAGUGCCCAUCUGUGAUGCCUGUCAAUGCCCAUCAGUGCAACCUACCGGUGCCUCCUCAUCAGUG